GAAAAUUUCUGCCAUGGAAUAAGAGAGAGUAUGUGGCACUCACAGAACUAUUUAACGGCCGGUAUCGGCUAGUUUACUUUGCAGAGCUGCAACGGCAUUCAGAAGGGUGUGUACGAAUCCUAGAAGCAUAUUCAUAGAAACGGAAAAAUGAAAUUCUUGUGCGCAAUUGUUUUGUUGGUGGUAGCCAUUGCGUUUGCCGCUGCCGGCGAUUUAGAAGACGAACUGAACUGGCAAUCUUACAAGGCGAAGUUCCACAAGAAGCAUCAUUCAAAGGACGAAGCUCGCAGGAAGGCAAAUUUCAUUAAAAGGCAGAAACAAAUUGAGAAACACAACAAGGAAAAUAAGGAAUGGGAAAUGGGAAACAACCUGUUUUCCGACAUGACCGAUGAAGAGAGAAAAGGAAUGCUUGGAGCCAAACCUGUUCCUCGCAAGGAAAGAUUUUUAAAUCCUGGUUACCCUAUUGAGGAGCGUGCUCUUCCAAUUUCCAUCGAUUACAGGAGUGACAAGUGUAUGCAACCCGUUAAACAACAAGCUGAAUGUGGAAGUUGCUGGUCUUUCGCAGCCGUCGUUCCUCUUGAAUUCAACACCUGCAAGAAAACUGGCACCCCUGUUGCACUCAGCGAACAAAUGUUGGUCGAUUGCGAUACUUACAACAACGCUUGUAACGGUGGAGAUUACACCAAUGCUUGGCAAUUUAUCAAGGAGAAGGGAGGAAUCAUGACAAACUCAUCAUAUCCUUACGUCUCCGGGACCACUCUAACCAGGGGCACCUGCAAGUUCAGUUCUACUUCAGUUGCCACCCGUGUUUCGACUUACGGCUGGACAAUGCCGUACCCCAACGCCACUGUGUCCAUGCAGUAUUUGCAAUCUUAUGGACCUCUGCCCAGUGCCAUGAAGGUCCUUGAUUCUCUUUACCAAUACAAAAAUGGAGUUUACAGCGAUUCCGCUUGCAUUCUCGCUGACCAAAAUCAAGUGGAUCACGCUGUCGUUAUCGUCGGCUACGGAACCACGACUACCACUCCUGCCAUUCCUUACUGGAUUGUCCGUAAUUCUUGGGGUACUACUUGGGGAAAUCUAGGUUAUAUGGCUAUCAAACGUGGAGUCAAUAUGUGCAAUAUUGAGUCGUGGACUGCCUACGUCGAGGUAGUUUAAGAAGAAAUCUAUCCCUUCUCAUUUCUUACAGUUGAUAAACUGUAAAAUCCGGUAAAACAUGAAUCCUUUUGCUAUAGUUUUAUAGAUUUACGAAAGUUAAAAAAUAUAUAUCUACACAAUACACUUCUGGCAUGGUUAA